GCAAGACAUCUCUGCUGAGAGAAGACCACAGGGAAAUCAUUAAAAUCUCGAGGCACUGUGGAUGUCAGUGUCACAGCUGUAAUGGGUAUUGAGAGGGGGAUUUAAAGAAGAAAAUAAGAUCAUGCAGGAUUAAUGAGGGAGAGCAUCCUAUGGAGGACUAGUGAGCAAAGUUAUUUCGGUCUUUUCUGUCAUCAGUGUUAGAAAACUUACUCGGGUGUUUGUGUUUCCUGGCGGUUUUGUUGUCAGUGACUUUGGACCAGAUCUUGCUUUCCAGCUCCUGACCUUAACUGCAGGUCUUGUUUCACUAUUGGCUUUUGUACCAGCUAGAUUUCAAUGCUUGCUCCUGCCUUGGGCCGUCUUUAUUGCCUGGCCUUGGGACCUCUCUGGGAUGUGCCCUGCCUGCUCUUGCACUGACUUCUCAGCACGUCCACGUUUCCAGGGAAACAUGCUUUUCUGUGUAUUUUGGUGAUGAUAGAAAUUAUGAGAGUUUGUAGAAAUCCAGUCUGUGGUAGGAAUGCAUACCAGAGGGGCAGAUCCUAGGAUGUAUUUUCAAGUACGGAAGUUGAAAGCAUCAGCAAAUCCUGAAGCUCCUAAUAAUGUCUGAUUGUUGUUGCUACACAAUUGGCUAGGCUGAGCAGUGGAGUUUUUUUCAUUUCUGUGAAGAACAGCAAUAACAGUACCAUUUAUAGAAACGGCACCACCGAGCCACUGAAUUUGGCUCAACCUUGCAUUUUUCCCUGAGAUUUGAGAUUACUGCUAACCUUUAGAACCAUGGCAAAACUUGAAAUGACUGUCUUCUGCUUUCUUUUCCGACUUUUUGGUACAAUUUUUUUUGCAGAUAUGAAUCGUAGUGUCCAGUUUUGUCUAUUAAAGACCUUUCUGAACCCUUCGGUCUCCUUUCCACUCAAGUUGUAAGUUUUAUUUGUGCCAAAAUGAGUCUGCAGGAGUGAGUCAGCAUCUUCCUUUAGACCUUCAGUAUCUGCUUGUGGGGAAGCCAUGUUACUGAAGAUCACCUUGUCUUCUGGAAGUAGAAACACAGUGAACAGAUGAAUCUAUUCAGCCAGACAUUCCUCCAGUAGAUCUCUAUCCCCAUGGAGCACCACAGCAGAGAGGAGAUGGACUCAAAAGAUGAAAGUCCUCAGGUGUGGGCUGACUCUGCUGAGCAGGAACAGAAUACUGCUCAGGUGCACUUUGUCCCUGAGGGGGGGACAGUGGCACAGAUUGUGUACAGUGAUGAGCAGGACCGUCCCUCGCAGCAGGUUGUCUACACGGCGGAUGGCACCUCCUACACCUCCGUGGACACCUCCGAGCACACGCUCGUCUACAUCCAUCCCGUGGAAGCUACGCAGACUCUGUUUACAGAUCCGUCCCAAGUGGCUUACGUCCAACAGGAUGCCACCACCCAGCAGGUAACUGUGCUCUUGCCUGCUGCUGCUCAGAGCAUGAAUCCCACCAACCUGUCCGUGCUCGGCAACGUUGCCGAAUCCCCCCAGCAAAUGGCUCUGGAGCAGGGUCCACAAGCAGAUAGAGCAUCAUUACCGGUGCAUAACCAGGUGUUACCUCCUAUGGAGGCAGUGGAUGGUUCUGACCCUUUAGCACCUCUGCAGAAUCAAAUGGGAAGGAUGGAAGCAAAAGAGGAAGAUGAUGAUGAUGAAGAUGAAGAUGAAGAUGGGGAAGACACUGACAUGGAUGAAUGGGAUCCGGAUCCACCUCGACCCUUUGAUCCCAAUGAUUUGUGGUGUGAAGAGUGUAAUAAUGCACAUCCCUCUGUGUGUCCAAAACACGGACCUUUGCAUCCGAUCCCAAACCGGCCUGUGCUGACCAGGGCAAGAGCCAGCCUGCCCCUGGUGCUCUAUAUAGACAGGUUUUUGGGAGGUGUGUUCUCCAAAAGGCGUAUCCCAAAACGCACACAGUUUGGACCUGUGGAAGGACCCCUGGUUAGACAAACUGAACUCAAAGACUGCUAUAUCCAUUUGAAGGUUUCUCUUGAUAAGGGUGACAGAAAAGACAGAGAUUUGCAAGAGGACCUGUGGUUUGAACUUUCUAGCGAGGCUCUUUGUAACUGGAUGAUGUUUGUGCGUCCUGCUCAAAACCAUCUGGAGCAGAACCUGGUAGCCUAUCAGUACGGCCACCAUAUUUAUUACACAACCAUUAAAAACGUGGAGCCCAAGCAGGAACUCAAGGUGUGGUAUGCUGCCUCUUACGCAGAGUUUGUGAACCAGAAGAUCCACGACAUAUCUGAGGAGGAAAGGAAGGUUCUCAGAGAGCAGGAGAAGAACUGGCCAUGUUAUGAGUGCAAUCGUCGUUUCAUGAGCUCAGAGCAACUCCAGCAGCACCUCAACUCUCACGAUGAGAAGCUGGACUUCUUCAGCAGAGCCAGAGGCCGAGGUCGUGGGCGAGGAAAGAGGAGGUUUGGACCAGGCAGACGCCCGGGGCGCCCUCCCAAAUUCAUGCGUAUGGAAGUAACCAGUGAAAAUGGCGAGAAGUGUGAAGAAGGGACGCAGGACUUGCUGCAUUUUUCCAGCAAGGGGCAGUUUGAUGAGGCCGGACAAGCCACACUGAAUGGGUUGGAGCAGCAGGAACAGACUCCAGUGCCAUCAGAGACGCAGUCGGCACUGGAGCAGCAGUCAGAAAACCACCCGCUACAAAUCCAGCCGCAGCAUGAUGAGAGCACGGUGCCUACGCAGAGCACCAUGACAGCAGAUGACAUGAGGCGAGCGAAGCGUAUCAGGAACGCAGCUCUUCAGCACCUGUUCAUACGGAAAUCCUUUCGCCCGUUCAAAUGCCUCCAGUGUGGGAAGGCCUUCCGCGAAAAGGACAAACUGGAUCAGCACUUGAGGUUUCACGGACGGGAAGGGAACUGCCCUUUGACUUGUGACAUCUGCAACAAGGGCUUCAUCAACAGCGGUGCUCUCGAGAGCCACAUGAAGUUCCACAUGGACCAGAAAACAUACUCCUGCAUUUUCUGUCCCGAGUCCUUUGACCGCUUGGAUCUGCUUAAAGAUCAUGUGGCCAUCCAUGUCAAUGAUGGCUAUUUCACCUGCCCUACCUGCAAAAAACGCUUUCCAGAUUUUAUCCAGGUCAAGAAACACGUACGCAGCUUCCAUUCAGAAAAGAUUUACCAGUGCACAGAAUGCGACAAGGCUUUCUGCCGUCCUGACAAGCUGCGACUCCAUAUGUUGCGACACUCAGACCGCAAAGACUUCCUGUGCUCCACGUGUGGCAAGCAGUUCAAGAGGAAAGACAAACUGCGAGAGCACAUGCAGAGGAUGCACAACCCAGAGAGGGAGGCCAAGAAAGCUGAUCGAAUCAGCCGCUCAAAAACAUUCAAGCCUCGGAUAGCUUCCACUGACUAUGAAAGCUUCAUGUUCAAGUGCCGACUCUGUAUGAUGGGUUUUCGCCGGAGGGGGAUGCUGGUGAACCAUUUAUCAAAGAGACACCCAGACAUGAAAAUAGAAGAGGUGCCAGAGCUCACGUUGCCCAUCAUCAAACCCAACAGAGAUUACUUUUGUCAGUACUGUGAUAAGGUGUACAAGAGUGCCAGUAAACGCAAAGCACACAUCCUGAAGAACCAUCCUGGUGCUGAGCUACCUCCAAGCAUUCGGAAACUGCGCCCUGCGGGCCCAGGAGAGCCAGAUCCCAUGUUGAGCACCCACACCCAGCUGACAGGCACCAUAGCCACUCCUCCGGUCUGCUGUCCUCACUGUUCCAAGCAGUACAGCAGUAAGACAAAGAUGGUACAACAUAUUCGCAAGAAGCACCCAGAGUUUGCUCAGCUCCCUAACACGAUACACGCUCCGCUGGCGACAGCUGUCAUCAGUUCCACUCCUGCUGUUCUAACCACUGACAGCUCUACCGGAGAGACUGUUGUGACAACAGAUUUACUGACACAGGCAAUGACGGAGAUAUCCCAGACCCUCACAACAGACUAUCGAACUCCCCAGGGAGAUUACCAGCGAAUCCAGUACAUCCCUGUGUCUCAAUCCACAACUGGCUUGCAGCAGCCUCAGCACAUACAGCUGCAGGUUGUUCAAGUGGCCCAGGCUACCUCACCUCACCAGUCCCAGCACUCCACAGUGGACGUUGGGCAGCUUCAUGACCCCCAGACAUACACGCAGCAUGCUAUCCAGGUGCAGCACAUCCAGGUCACAGAGCCAACGCCAGCAACUCAGUCAUCAUCACAGGUUGGUGGUCAGCCUUUGAGUCCCUCCUCACAGCAAUCUCAGCAGGAACUCAGCCCCUCACAGAUGCAGACAACUACAUCGACACCAAACCAAGCCCUCCAGCAGCAACAAGGAUCUUCAGUUCAGCACACGUAUCUUCCCAGCACGUGGAACUCAUUUCGGAGUUAUUCAUCUGAGAUUCAGAUGAUGACCAUUCCCCAAGGCCAGUAUGUGAUCACAGAGACCGCUGUAGGUACACCAGUCACCACUGUCAACACAGGGCAAGUGAAAGCAGUUACUCAGACUCACUAUGUGAUAUCUGAAGGUCAGUCUGAUCUGGAUGUCAAACAAAACUCUUCGCUCUCCAGCGAGGUACAGGUCGGCGUUUCCCAGCCACCAGCCCACACAGAUACCUUGGAAUCACAAACAAGCAGUCAGCAGCAAACCACCCAGUACAUAAUCACUACAACCACCAACGGGAAUGGCAGCAGUGAAGUGCACAUCACUAAACCAAGAACUUUCUCAGCAGAACACGAAUGAAUAAGCCUUGUGGUGUCAUUUGCUUGUACUUGUAACCGGCCCUGAAAGCCCAGAUAUAUGGGCAUCCUGGAGCUCAAUAUAUUUUAAAAGUAUAUGCUCACUUAUCUUCAACUAAAAUCUUGGAGCUCUU